AGUUUUUUGACAAGGUCUCGUUUGUUGCCACAUUGGUGUAUGGAACUGGGGGGUGAAUGUAUGCGCCGACCUGGUCGUCGGCAUGGACCAUGUACAUGGACCGGGGAUUGUUGCAUGUUGGGCCUUUAUGGACCGUGCCUUGUGCAUCAGGAGAAACUACGAGUGGAGGCUUCCAUGCAGAGCAAGAUUCGUGUUUAUGAAAGUGGCCGAGGGGAGUUGGAACUCGACCCCGACCUGCCUCCGGAGUUGGCUGCUGUUGUCGGAAUUAAGGUUGUGAGGCAUGGAGGUGGUGAGGGGUUUGGCGACAGGCCAAGCAUUGGCCCAGGUGGCAUGGGUCCAGGUGGAUUCAUGAGAUCUGGUCCUUAUGAGGGCCGGCGGUCACGAUUGCGCGACAUGGAUGCAGUCAUUGAGAUUAUUCCACAAGACGACGACUUGCUUGUCGCGAACGGCAACAAAUGUCAUGACGAAGUCGAGGAUCCGACGGAAGAUGAAGAGACCGGAGGUGUCGAGGAGCCAGUCGAGGAUAAUGAGAAGAGCGGCCGAGGGAACGACCGUGUUAAAGAGGUGGAGCAGGUUAAUGAAAAGGCAUCUGUGAGGCAAAGUGACGUGCCAGAGGUUGAUUUAGUGGAGGGGCAGGGAGAGAGGGAAGAGGUAGAUGGGGAGGUUGAGGGAGCGGCUGGGGAGGUCAUCGAGGGAAAAGGGAUUGAGGAGGGGGAUGAUGUGUCUGAGGAGGCGGCAAGCACAAAAGACGCAGUCGUGACAGAGGCAGAGCAAGCGGCAGAUGAAGAUAAACCGGAGUCAGGUAAACAAUCUGCAAGAGUGGAGGCGAAGAAAGCGGAUGCUUCUCUGCUUGAGGAUGCAAGGGCUAAAGAGAAGACAGAGGAGAAUGAAGUUAUGUCAGAAAGAUCUCAGCAGCAGCGGCCAAAGGUGGAUGAUGGAGGCCUCGAUAGAGAGAGCGGUGAGCAAAGUAAAUGCCGGCGUGUGCCAAAUGUGCGGUAUGAUGAACAUCAGGAUGAGAAUGACGAUGCCGAUGCUGGUGAUGAUGAAGAAGAAGUGACCUGGAAUAGCAAUCGGAAGGGGUUUGUGGUGUCAUCGGAGCGACCGGAUCAGUUUCGCAGUUUGAUGCAGAAGGCCAUACCAUGCGGAGCGGGUGGCACUGUGGCGUGGGUGAUAUGGUACGCGGGUGGUGGAACAUGGCUGGAGUCGGAGGUCUGCAAUGGGUCACGGGGUCUGGGGGAGGUCUUCAAGUGUCUUGACCGGCAGCAAGAAGGGGUCUUCGGGAGUCUUGAGCAGUCCCAGGUCAGCGGCAGCAAUAGGGGUCUUGAAGGAGGUCUUGGUCAGGUUGAUGAUGGAAGCAAGGCGAACUGCAAGGGUCUUGGUCAGGUCGAUGAUGGAAGCAAGGCGAACUGCAAAGGUCUUGGCUUUGACGUCGGCAGGGAUAGAAGGCCAAUGGAAAUAUCGGGAGAUGGUGUCAAAGGUUUUCUGGAAACCAAGGUGGCCAGCGGUCUUGGCGUCGUGGUGCUCCGCCAAGAGCUGGGUGCGGAGGCCAUGGGCGUCAGGGAUGCAGAGUCGGCGAGUGCCUUUGGUCUCGAUGGUGGAGAAGUCGGGACAAGAGAGGUAUCCUUAGGUGUAGCGAUGGCGGAGCGAUGGCAGGAGCUGGAUGUGGGUCAUGGCGGCAUAGACUUUCUCGGGGGGUUUGUGAUCGGGGCAGCGGGAGAGGGCAUCGACAACGCGGUUGCUCUUGCCAGGGGUGUGACAAAUGGUAAAGGCAUUACAAGAAAACUCGUAGUGCUCGAAGCGGGAGCGGAAGGCGGUUUUGUGGGUGUCCUCCUCGCAGAUGCGGAUCUGGUGGAAGCCACUGAGGAGGUCGAUCUUGGUGAAGUAUUUGGCUCCACGGAGGCGAUCAAGAAGUUCGGAUAUCCGGGGAAGCGGAUACUUGUUCUUGAUUGUGAUCCGGUUCAAGGCGCGGUAGUCCGUGCACAUGCGGAGCUCCGAGGUGUCGUUCUUCUUGACGAAGAGACAGCUGGUACCGAAGGGGGAGGAGCUAGGCUUAAUGAAUCCUUUUUCAAGGAGUUCACUGAGCUGGCGCUUCAUUUCUUUGGCCUCGGGGACGGAGAGCUGGUAUGGGGGGCGGCAAGGGGGGGAGUGGCCGGGCUCGAGAUCGAUGGUGUGGGAAACACCUCGGUCGGGAGGUAGUCCGGCGGGCAAGGAUUCGGGAAACACGUCUUUGAAUUUGGAUAGGAGGGCGGAGAUCUGAGGGUCGGAGGGGGGGUCUUGGUCGGGUUUGUCCGUUCUAAGCAAGUCCUCGGACGGUCGCGGUCAAUGACAAGGCAAUAGUAGGUGGAGUCGGGGUGCUCAUGGGUCAUGUGAAGAAAUUGGUGAGGAGAGACGGGGGAAGGGGUGGAGGGAGGGAGAAGGUAGGGGAUGUCAAGGGUUGGAUCGGGAGGGGUGGAGAGGUGGACGAAAGAGGGGUGGAAGGUAUAGGGCAUGUAGCGUUCGAGCCAAGGAGUCCUGAGUACGAUGUCGCACAUGAGGUGCG